AUGGAUAUUUUUAAAAGAAAAAAAGGAGGAGCCGCUGGAGAACGAGAUCGCAAAAAAGUUAAAUUGGUUCAAACUGCUAAAUCUUGUCAAAAUAUAAAAGCCUUCUUUAAAUUAAAUAAUGAAAACAAAAUUAUUGUUGAUAAUAAUGAAAACGAAGAUGAUCCUGAUGUCCCUGCUUCAUGCAUGAAUGAAAAGAUCAGCGAAAAUGUAAUUUAUAAUGCACUUGAAGCUGAACCAGAUAAUGAAAAUAACAGUGAACAUGUAAUUUGUAAUACACCUGAAGCUGAACCAGACAAUGAAAAGAACAGCAAAAAUGUAAUUUGUAAUAUACCUGAAGCUGAACCAGAUCGUAACAACCAAAACCAAACAAUAGAAGUUACUAAUGAUGUCACAGAGUUUAAUAUUACUAUCAACGAUCCAACAGUUAAGUUACCAACCAAUCGUCUUGAAUUUUAUCAAAGAAUUAAUCAAGGUCCAUAUCGUCCAAUUUUAAAGCAUUGCCCGAGAACUUUACAAGGAAAGAAACAGCGUUCGUUUCAAAAAUCAUGGUAUGAAAUGUAUAGUUGGUUAGUAUAUAGUUUGAUAGUUGAUGCAGCGUUUUGCUUUCCGUGUCGUUGUUUUAAUGGAAAUGAAUCUAAUAUCGGUCAGACAGAAAAAGUGUUUACUAAAACAGGAUUUAAUAGUUGGUACAGGGCUUCUGAAAGAUUAAAAUCUCAUCAAAUAUCAAAAUAUCACAUAAACAGUAGAACAGCUAUAAAUAAUUUUUGUUUUAAAAAAUCUAUUGAUAAAGUAAUUGACAGUAAUAAAACUUUACAGCUAAGUAAAAGGGAAUCAGAACGAUUAAACAACAGAGAAAUAAUGAAACGUUUAAUUUAUAUUGUAAUUUGUCUUGCUAAAUGUGGUAAACCUUUUCGUGGGCAUGAUGAAUCGCAUACGAGUUAUCAAAAAGGUAUGUUCUUAGAAUUGAUUCAAAUCCUAUACAAAUAUGAUACUGUUUUAAAAACUCAUAUUGAUAGUGGUCCUAAGAAUGCAAUGUACACAAGCAAUAUAAUUCAAAAUGACAUUAUAAAUUCUAUACACAAUGUUAUCAUUCAAGAAUUAAAAUUAAAAUUACAAAACACUCAUAUUGCAAUUAUGGCAGAUGAAACCAGCGACAUAGGUCACCACAAGCAACUUUCUGUGGUUUUUUGCUAUUUUGAUACGAAAACAAACCACCCAAUAGAAACAUUUAUUACUUUGAGACGUAUGUUGUCUGUAGAUGCAGAAUCAAUUUUUAAUACACUUAAUGAUGUAAUUACUUGUCAAUUUAUGUUAGAUUGGAAGAAUGUAAUUGCAGUAUGUUUUGACGGAGCAGCAACUAUGGCUGGUAAUAUUAACGGCGUACAAGCCAAAUGCAAGAAUAAAAAUAAAAAUAUUUUGCAUGUGCACUGUUAUGCACAUUGCUUAAAUUUAACUUUAAUGGAUGCUGUUUGUGCUAAUGCAAAGUAUAGUGAAGUAAAUAAAUGUGUCUUUGAUUUUCUUGGGACGGUACAAUUUAUUUAUUCUUUUAUUGAAGGGAGUCCAAUACGACAUGCAGUAUUUGAAAAAUUUGCCAAAUUAGAUGGCGCUAAAGUACAAACAUUAAAAUCAAUGUCUCAAACUAGGUGGGCUUGUCGCGCUGAUGCAGUGAAUGCAGUUAAAAACAAUUAUAAAGCAUUAUUAUUUACUUUAAAAGAAAUAAGUUCCAAAUGUUUAAUACCUGAAGCAAGAGCUAAAUGUCGUGGACUUCUAUAUCAACUUAAAACCUUUGAGUUUAUUUAUUGUUUAAAUUUAAUGCAACCAAUUUUACAAUUGAUACUAAAAGUAAGUUCAUCUUUACAAGCUUCAAACUUAGAACUUUUUACUGCUGUUUCACUUAUACAUGCCUUAAGAUCUUCAUUAAACUCAAUAAGAAAAUCACCUCAAGAAAUUCAGUCUAUAUUUAUUAAUACAGAACAAAUGUGUAAAGAAAAUAUUAUUGAAAUACCAACUGUAAAAAAUAGAAAAGUUUCAAAAAAGAGAGAUGAUUUGCAGUGUUCUACAUCACAGCAUAUUUAUCUUACAAAGAGUGAAGAAAUGAAGGUAACUGUCGUUUUUCCAUUAUUAGAUGUGUUGUUAUCUGGAUUUAAACAAGAAACAUCUGAUUUAAUAACUGUGAUAGGACAAUUAAUUAAUUUAGAGUUGAAUUGCAACUCAUCUUGCGUAUACAUACUAAAAAAUUUGCUAAAUAUUCGAACACAAGAUCUUUUUGUAGAGAUUAAGCUUUUAAAAAGUCUUGAGGACACACCCAAAGGAACAUCAUCAGAUUAUGUAUAUAAGUGGCUUGAUUGGUUAGCAAUCGAAGGAAGAUCCGAUACUUUCAAGACAUUUUAUAACUGUCUAACAUAUUUUGUGGUUAUACCAGUGACCAGUUGUGGAUGCGAAAGAAGUUUUUCAAAAAUGUCAAUAGUAAAAACCAAAUUAAGAAGCACAAUGACACAAGAAAGGCUCAAUGCAUUAUUAUUUUUAUUUAUAGAACAAGAAUAUGUGAGUAAUAUCAAUGUUGAAAAUUUGUUACAUGAAUUGUCAAAAGACAUCAACAGUUCCGUAGAGACACUUGCAGAGUUAGAAUAUAAAACUUUAUCACCUUUAUCUGACUCACCAUAUACAGCAACACCAAAAUCUUUAUUCAAGCAAAACCAUAAUGAAAAAACACCUACUUGGUUUACCAAAUUUGAAAAGUUGAGAAACGAUCAACCAGAAGUAACCAACAAUAACGAUAAUUAA